CCCAAUCCGAAGAAGAUAAAAUCCCAACGACUGCAAGGCACCAGCUUCAAAUCGAAGCGCAAACCAGGCCCAAGAUGACGCAUUUGCCGCCUCAAGCCGUUCUCCGCAGCUCUCAUCAACCUCCCUCACUCUUCUUCCCCCCAAAUCUUCUUCGAAGCCACACUUCCAUCCCCAAAACACUAACCCUAACCCUAAAUAAGAAGACGAAGCUCUAUGUGAGCUGCCGCCACUCGGACUACUUCGAGCAGCAGAGGGUCGCCCCUCGUGCGAAAGAGGAACGCUCUUUCGCUGUCCAGUCUCCCGCAACUCAGCCUACUAGGGUUUACGCCGGCUACUCCAUUUACAAGGGGAAGGCCGCUCUAUCAGUUGAGCCAAAACCACCGGAGUUUGCCCCUUUAGAUUCUGGGGCUUUCAAGGUCUCAAAGGAGGGCUUUGUUCUCCUCCAAUUUGCUCCUGCUGUUGUGGCAAGGCAGUAUGAUUGGAACAGGAAGCAGGUUUUCUCCUUAUCUGUUGGUGAGAUUGGAACACUAAUUGGUCUUGGUGCGAAGGAUGGUUGUGAGUUCUUUCAUGAUCCUUUUAAAGGAAAAAGCGAAGAAGGCAAAAUCAGGAAAGUAUUAAAGGUGGAACCUCUUCCGGAUAGCACUGGUCAUUUCUUUAAUCUCAAUGUUCAGAACCGUCUUUUGAAUGUUGAUGAGAGCAUCUACAUCCCUAUUGCCAGAGCAGAAUUGAUCGUCAUGAACUCAAUUUUCAAUUUUAUACUGCCAUACCUUUUGGGUUGGCAUGCCUUUGCAGAUAACAUUAAAGCAGAGGAUUCUAUAAGAUCUAACUUCACAAGCACAAGAUCUGGGCCUGAAUUGGAGUGGGGAAGGUGAACUAUUUACCUGCAGUUCUUUCUCUAAGGGGAAGCAGGUCCUGCUGCUGUUCUUCAUGCAAAAAAAUUCUGCUACAAAUGAUUUUGCAUUGGAAAGCUUUUCAAAUUUUGGUUCUAUGUAAUUUGAUUAAUCGGCACAUGUUUUUAAUUAUGUUUUAUAAACUUUAUUUAUCAGUUCUUUUAAGCAAUUUUCAUUUUGCUCUGGCAUUAACUUAUUUAAAGUAUUGAAAUCAAAUUUUGAUGAGUUGUAGGGGUGUUUGCUAA